AUGACGAAAUUAAUAUUUCCAUCAGGUCCUGAUGAGGAUGAAUCUUCUAAUGAAAAUACUCAAGAUCGUAAAGCAUUCUCAAACGCAUUGAAACAAUUACCACAAUUGAAAAUCCCAACUGAUAAUAAUUUUCAAGAACACGAACAUCUAUUAGCAUCGAUAUCAGAUUAUGGGAAUAAAUAUUUCCAAUCACCAGAAUAUUCUCAAAUUAUUCAAAAUAUGAUACUUCAAAUCGUAAAUUACUCCAAUCAAACAAUUCUUGUUCCAUGUCUAAUCAAAACUGAUUAUCCAAGCUCCGUCUUAAACUGGAUAAAUCGACUUCCAAACGAACAAUCAUCACCGAGUUAUAAAUACCUUAUUGGUAUAAUUUAUAACAUCAGUCGUCAUGAUGAAGGUGUACAAAUUUUGAAUGCACUUGAUGCAACAAAUAAGUUAAAAGAAUUUCAAAAAGAUCAUCGAAUUACUGAAAUCAAUAUAAUCUGUGCAAUGACAAUGGCACUUCUUUCUACACCUGAACAAAUUAAAAAUGAACGUAAACGAAUGAAUAACAUUCUUGAUCAAUUGCUACAAAUCGUUAAUGAUGCAUCAAAACGACCACCGACAUAUAUGAGUGAUGGAUGGCAUAUUUCUGAACCGUCGAUCGUUUUAGUUCGAUUGAUUUGUUAUGAAAGAACAUUGGAUUAUAUUUUACAACAUGCACAAGUGGAAUUUGAUGCUGAUUCGAUUGUGAAGUUUUUUAUUGAAUUAUUUGUAAAUUUUCACAAACAAGUUCAACAAAAUGAUCCGUUGAAAUUAUCAACAUUGACAGCAUUUUGUAAUAUUCUAUGGAGUAUUUCACUUCGACAACAAUAUAAAGACGAAUUGAAAGAAAAUCUUCAAUUAAAAAGUUUAUUAGACGAACUUAUUCAUCAGAAAAUUCUGAUUGAUCCAACUCAUUAUGUGCCGAAAUAUAUGGAAAAUAUCCAAAAAGCUGCAGAAGGUAUUCUUUGUAAUAUUGACAACAAUCAAAUUAAUCUUUCGAAUCAACAACAAACAUCAAUCUUAACAAAAGAUAAAAAACCAUCAAUUAUGAUUAGUUAUGCUCAUAGUGAUAAUAGCGUUUGUUCUCAAAUCUACAAUGAAUUGGACAAAUACAAUAGUCAAUUUGAUAUUUGGAUUGAUUGGAAAAAUACUAAAACAGGUUAUUUGUGGGGAAAAAUAGCGGAUGGAAUGGCAGAUGCAAAGAUUAUUUUAUGUUUAUUAUCAAGUAAAUAUUACGAAAGUAAAUCGUGUCAACAAGAAUUUGUCUAUGCACAUGAUCAUUUGAAGAAAAUUAUCAUCCCAAUCUUUAUUUUGGAUGAUAAACCACCGGGAUGGAUAGCUAUUCAUACGUGCAUUAUGAAAUAUGUUCGAUUUAGAAAUGUAAAACAAUUGGAACAAGAGAAAUUGAAAGAGCUCGUAGAGAUGAUCAAAGAAAAUCUUUUCGGAAUCAAUUUAACAAAAGAUGAACAAUCAUCAACAUUGCCUGUUCAUCAUGACAUUCCAGUUAGUCAAAAAGAUGCUCACGAGCUAGUCGAUCUUUCGAAAAAACCAGUUAAUCAAUGGAAUAAAAAUGAUAUUAAACAAUGGUUUCAGGAAAAUCAAAUUCCAAUGGAUCUGUGGAAAUUAUAUCAAUUUGAAAAUGGUUCUCACAUGUUAAAUUACGCAAAGAGUCUUGAGAAUGAUGACAAAAUCGAAUCACAACGACAAAUUUAUUCGAAUGAAUUCAGUGAAGUAUGCAAAGAUAAACGCCUUUUACCACAUCAGUUCACAACAUUUGCUUUUCUGCUACGAAAAUUAUACCUGGAACAAAUUACAAAUGAACCAACAAAGUCGAAAACAUGUCAAAUAUCUUGA